AAGCACGCACAAACAGGAAACACACAACAAAAAGCCAAAGCGAGAAAACAAAAAAGCGAUUGAUCAUUCCAACAGCAGUCUACUAGCUAGCCGCUGCUCUGCUACUAGAUAGCGCUAGUGCUAGACUCUCUGCCUCUUGUCUCUGGUGUUUCUCCUACAACUACAACAACAACUGCUACUAGCUAUUAUAGCAUAGCUUAUACCAGUAGCUAGAAGACCAGAAGAGACAGCGCUGAUCUUUUAGCUUGGCGAUCAAGAGUGCUUUCUUAUUUUCUUUUUGUACCAAUCCUACCUGGAUUUCUACAGAGCACCAUGGUGGCUGAUUCCGCUCUUGUUUCACUGCCAGUUCCAGUGCCAGUGCCAAUCCAAGUAGGAUUACCAGUAGGAGUGUCAAUGCAUGGAGUGGAGAGCGAAGCUUCAUCUUCUCUACAAGCAACAGCAACAGAAGGAUCCAGGCAACAAAACAGCAGAGCUGCUGAAAUACUCCGUAUCGAUUUACCCCAAUCUCGAGAAAUGAAAGACAAGAAAUUAGCACCUGCCACUGCUAGUACCACUUCUACAUGUACUAGUACUAGCAGCACUGAUCCUGACCCUGACCAUCACAGAAACACUGCCAACAGUAGCCCUACCAGUGUGGCCACCUGCAUGAAUGGACAAGGCCAAAGCAAACAACAGAUUCAACAGACCUUGGAGCUAGAUCUUCAAUUGCCCAUCAAUCAAGAUACUACAACCAAAGGUACUACUAGUACUGAAAACAAGCCAGAAAAUCACAAAGCCUACACCUCAGGCUCAUCAGGACAGAAUGGUCACAACCAAUCAAAAGAGGACCAACCAAGUGAGACCAAGAACAAAGCUACCAAUGGCCAUGGACAUGGACAAGGACAUGCCAAGUUUUCAAGUGCCACUGAAGAACCCAUCACCAUGUCACCAGAUGCACUGGCAUCAGUGAUGAAAGAUGUACAGUUUUCGGAAGCACAAGAUACUGAUGCCAUUCUAUUGACAAACAAAAAUACAAACACAAACAAUACCAACGUCAGAAUCAACACACUUUCCAUUCAAUCCAACCAAAAUUCAUCCAACAUCUGGGGAUUCCUCUUUGGCAGGCCUUGGGAUGUCUCAUACUCGACUUCUUCAUUGACCAGGCACACCAACCACUACUUCGAUCAUCCACUCAACAACAGCCCUAUUCCUCAUUGGUUGGCACUCAUACUCGGAGAUGUUCUGCAACGCCUCACCCUACAAAUUCCACUCAGAUCGCCCUUUGUGCUACCCAGAAUGAUUUCUCUCCUUUGGAAUAGAGGACCCAAUCAUCAACAAUGCACACACGAUGCGAACAACUCAACUGCAUCCGAAAACCAACAUCCUGCCUUUCACCUACCCUCAUCACUCACCGCUAUUAGCAGAAUCUUCUCCUCUCAUCCACACAAUACCCUGCGCAGGACUCCCGUCGUGCAUGGAAUUCCAAACUACGGACAAACUUGCUUUCUCAAUGUCGUACUGCAGUCACUGGCGUCCUUGGAUUCGGUCAUUGCCUAUGCCGAAUGGAUCGACAUGGAACAGAAACAACGGCUGCAACCGCAAGGCGCAGCAGCAACCAUACCAAUAAGACGCAAAAAGGCGCCAGUCACAACCACGGCCAGUCAAUUGCUCUUGCCACUGCUUCGAUCUCUUAAUGGGCAACCAUCGACGCUCGAUGGAACGAGAUUGGAUCCAAGAGAAUUACUAUGGAGAAUUGCACAAAAGAAUUCACAGUUUCAAGCACAACGACAUGGACUUUUUGGAUUCUCGUCGCCCGCUCAUGCCACAGGAGAACAACAGGAUGCGCAAGAAUUGUUGCAGGCAUUGCUGGAAAUGAUGAUCUUGGAUGCAAAAUUGGAAGCACCCAAAGCUGACAACAGCAACAACGAUGAGGCUUCCGCAAGAGUGGCAACCGAGGAUGACGACGGUCGAUCUGACGUGGUCAAGACACCCUCCCAGCGAUCGGGAAUGUCGCUCACAUCCAUGCUGCCAGCGUUGGAAGAAACGAAAGAAGAAGACGCGAUCCUUCAUGACGAUGAUGAAGUGCUCACCUGCAUGUCCGACAAAUGGUCGCCACGAAACAGCACCAACAACAGUCUUUGUGGAGAUGAACAGGCCACCAACCACCACAACUCUAACGUGCCUGAUAAUGUAGGAACGGGAACGCUUUCCGAUCCUUCCGUUUGGAAUCAGGUGCAAAUGGUGGAUUCGGCUGGCAUCAUCUCUUCCUACGACGACGCUCGAAAACAAGACACCACGAACACAAACCUUCCUUCUUCCUUGGCGUCCUCCUUCCUAUCCACAACUUCCACCGUCGUCACUUCCAAUUCACGAGACCAGCAACCUGCGCAGCAAACCUCUCCUCUCUCGGCUUCCAUGCAAAUCAUGCUCUCCACAAUCUCUUCCAUCACCAAGACGCCUCUUUCUUGUUGGACUGGAUCGUUGGUCAAAUGUGAGGCUUGCGGUCACAACCGGGCUGUUCGCAACCAAGAAUGGCGAGAUAUUCCCAUUGUUCCUACGGCACUGCGAAAUCCAUCCAUCAUGUCUAGCAACAACAGUCUGCCGCCCUGUCAGUUGCAAGAAUGUCUACAGAAUUUUACGCAGGUAGAACGAGUCACGGAUGUCGAAUGUGGGAAUUGUUCCCUCCAACGAGACAUGCAGCAUUGGCAAGAAGAAGUAGACAUGCUGCGGGAUGCCGUGACAAGCUUGGAACAGCGUCGACGACAACGUCCAGGUGAUGCGACCACUGUAUUGGAAAAGGGGGAAUUGUUGCGCAUGGAACUGGAAGAUGCGGAGGCCAAGCUCCUCCAUCUUUCGCAGCAAGAUCCAGAUGAAUACGACCCACGCCAUUGCACAGAAGCAGACGAAGACGACGUGGCAGGAAACGCUCCAAAUGCAACCAUGAUUCGCGCGAAUGCUCUCAAAUGCCUCGUUCUGACGAGACUGCCGUCGGUCCUGUGCCUACACGUGCAGCGCCGGUAUUACAAUCCUGCAAGUGAUCGCAUGUCCAAGACUCUUCAGCACGUUUUCUUUGACGAAAUGCUUGAUUUGGCACCCUACUGUGCGUACGGAGGAGGGAAUCUCAAUGCCCAAAGAAUCUUUGCAGACAAGAACAGCAGCGGCAGCAGUCCACUCGAUCGUCAGAAACAACAAUCGUCGCCCAUCUGGUACCGGCUAGCCAGUGUCAUUGAACACAAGGGCAAUGCGUUCGGGGGCCACUAUGUGUGCUACCGACGGCUGCCGACUCAUUUGCAGACUCCCGACAACGAAUCCAAAUGGUACUUCUGCUCCGACGACGUGGUUCACAUCGUCGGCUGGAAUCAAGUCCAGAGAGCGCAAGCCUACAUGCUUUUCUACGAGGCCAUGUAGACUUUGCGGGGUUACUCGUUCUAUGAGUCGAAGAGGGGCAACGUCGCGUCUGGCUAACCUUUUUAAAACCCAUCUUCUGAACAACUUUGUCUAUUUCGAUGAAGACUAUCUAGUGUUUCCUUGGGUGUUGUGUCAGUUUCGGUCGACGAUCUUCUGAACCGAAUCGAUCGUUCAAUCAAAAGUUAUGGGUCUGUGAGUCAGGAUCAAUGGCCGUUUCUUGGCUACUAGGGAGAACUUGUCCGGCAAAGCUUCGUGCACCAACUGUUGGGGCUCUCGCAACAGAAGAUUGUAAAUACUGCUCGUAGUAUACUCCGAGUCGAGUCGAAUUCGUGUUGGCAAGACAGAAGCUCCACCCGCUCUGUGGUACAGUACCCUCAAAGGUCUGAUCCAAGAAUGUAUGAAAGGUAAUGGCGCGUGCUCCUACCUUCCGCGUUCUGACCGUGAACUGGGUUGGCUUUCUCUCAGUCCCUCUCACAAUUCGGGUUCAGAGGAUGCAGCUUCCUGCAGUGUGAUGGGCUUGGGGGGUGCUCAGUUUGUUUUGAUUGAACAUCCACAUGAAUGACUUUCAAAUGGUGGCAAUACAGAGGCUACUUUGAUAGUUGUUUGUCACAGUAUGGGGAGCACUCACCUUCGCGCCAAGCUUUUGGUGUGGGAGGACAGGCUUUUGUUAAUCAUGGGACAAUUCUCAACCGAUGGAGUGAAUCCCAAGAGAGGAACGGAGAUGUCAGUUGAAUCUCGAUGAUUGUGUUGUUGCGUGGUGAAUGAUUCAUUGCUGGGUGUUGUCGAGGCGAGCUUUUGAAAGAGGGCACGAUCGCAGAUUAGACGAGCUGUUCCACGAUGCAUAAAAUAUUCCACGGUCCGCAGAGCCAGUCAAGCGAACCCGAUGACACUGACUUCAAGAACUAGGAAACAAACGACGAGCCUCCGCUAUUGCUGUUGGUACCGUUGCGUUGCUCAUGCCAUGGCAAUAGCUAGUCUUGUCAACGCUGCACGGAUCACUACCAGUAUCGGAUGCCUGAUCGAUUAGGUUCAGGUGCUUUCGGGACGUCCUGGAAUUCCUGCGUCUCGUACGGUACCCGGCAAAAAGAAGGCCGAUUUCUUACAUGAUCAAUAAAUCAAUAGGCAACCUGCUACGAUUUUUACUUGCCAUUCUGCGUCGUGCCUGCCGCCUUUUUGUUUGUUCUAAAUUCUAUAUAGUCGAGCUAGCU